GUCCAUACGCGGUUCUGUUGUCAUACUCGACAAUUAAGACUUCAUUGUCAUGGACGCUUGCAAGUCACUACUAGCAGGCAUCUGCUGGCAAGAUGGAUAUUGUAUCAAUGUAAUGUUGAGCAGGGAAGCCAGCCAUGGAAUACGUUGGUCCGUGCAACUUCUCACUAUAAUCGUUUAAGCUCGAAAAAUAGCAUGCUAUUUGGUUCCCCAGGAACCACGAUUACUCGAGAGAGGCAUGCUCUCCGCGAAAGAUACAAAUACUGGGCCUUCCCCUAA